GGAGGAGGAGUAGGAGGACUUGUGGCGCGGAGCAGAUCUCUCCACCAGGAGCACAGGGCGCACGGAGUAAGCGCUGCGACCCAUUCAAACCUGCCUCGGAUUAUCGCUGGUGUUUAGACAUCCUUCACGUCAGUUUUCAAAGUUUUAAUAGUCAAUCUUAAAGUUGAUUUAGAGGAUUAUGUUGGUGCGGUUCUCCUGGGGUAUGUGCCUCUUUUUGUCCUGCGCGUUGCUGCAACCUGUGUGUUCAGCGCAGAGUUCGAUAUGUGACCUAAUUCUGGAAAUAGACAAGGAAAGAGCCAUGUGCCAUGCACAAACUGAGGACAAUACAACAGGCUGCAAUAUCACAUGGGACAAGUUCACCUGCUGGCCCACUGCUGAUAUCGGAGAGGUGGUUACCAUCCCAUGCCCCAAGUAUCUCUUCUACUUCACCAACAAUGCUUCUCCUCGUAAUCUGUCAAAGACCUGCACUGUGCACGGCUGGCCCUCAAGCAGCCUGGACUCCUAUAUCAUGGACUGUGGCUACAAUCCCAACAACACCGUGGAAGAAAAUUCGGGAGAAUUUUACACCACCAUCAAAGCUGGCUACACAGUGGGUCACAGCAUUUCCCUUAUUUCUCUGAUGGUGGCCAUCACCAUACUGUGUCUCUUUCGGAAGCUUCACUGCACAAGAAACUACAUCCACAUGCAUCUGUUUGUGUCUCUCAUCCUCAAAGCCGUCACUGUUUUUAUAAAGGAUGUGGUUCUGUACGAGGUGGGCGAGACGGAGAACUGCCAGUCAUCAGUGGGCUGCAAGGCGGUAGUGGUCUUCUUCCAGUAUGGAGUCAUGGCGAGUUACUUCUGGCUGCUGGUAGAGGGCCUCUACCUUCACGCUCUGUUGGCCGUCUCCUUCUUCUCUGAGAGGAAGUACUUUUGGUGGUACAUUUUGAUUGGCUGGGGGGCUCCAACCCUCUUCAUCUCUGCCUGGGUGGCUACAAAAGCUUAUUUAAAUCACCCUGGAUGCUGGGAAACAAUCGAUGACGCCUCGUGGUGGAUCAUCAAAACGCCUGUUUUAAUUGUCAUACUUAUGAACUUUUUCCUCUUCAUUUGCAUAAUCCGGAUCCUGAGGCAGAAAAUGAAUUGUCCCGACAUCGGAAGGAAGGAAUCCAACCAGUACUCGAGACUGGCUAAAUCUACUCUGUUGCUGAUACCUCUCUUUGGAAUAAACUACAUAAUAUUUGCAUUUAUCCCCGACCACAUCAACCCACAGCUCAGGAUGGUGUUUGAUCUUGUUCUGGGAUCAUUUCAGGGCUUUGUUGUUGCAGUCCUGUACUGCUUCCUGAACGGAGAGGUGCAGUCCGAGGUUAAGCGUAAGUGGCGCAGGUGGAUGCUGCAGAGGUUCCUCGGCGCUGACAAUAAGUACCAGCAGCCCUCCAUUGGGAGCAAUGGCAACAAUUUCAGCACUCAGAUCACCUUGUUGACCAAAAGCAGUCCCACCGCACGACGGGCUUCGGGCUGCGACGAGCACCUUUCUGCAAUCUGAAGUCCACCAGUCGCUGACUCCCUUUGGUUUUUUAUCAUCAGUUAAUGAAUGCGUGACUCAUGUACUGUUGCCAUACCCUGGGUGUACCGAGGACGCGCUAAUCCUAAAGUGGAUUUUUGUUGUGGUUGUAAUCUUAUCUGCUAGCUAUAGAAAGGAAACAGGUGCUCAGUGUUUUUCUCACCAGCGCGCAGAGUCAUCUGACACCUCCGACAACACUUUCUUAUUAAUGAGAUGUCUGCAAAGAAGGAAAGCUCCUAUUUUUACCGAUUACAUUUAUGCAGCAUUGAUCAGGGAGAGCAUUCCCUGUACUGCAGAACGGCUACACUUUUGCACUGGGUUGCCUACCUUUCAGGGGAUCAAGGAGGGAGACUUUUAAAUGAAAGAAAGUGGGAUCUUCCGUUCUUACUUAAAAAGGCACACUAAAAUAUAGUGAACAUGCAAGUCCCCCAAUGUCAGCUGGUCUAAGGACAGAGCGUACGUAGCAAGAAUAAUUGUAAACAAUAAGUGCAGACACUAAAACCAGAGUUUCCAAGUUGAUUUGUUGCCUCUAGUACGCACUAUGCUGGAAAAGCUGCUUUGGAUAGAAUCCCUUGUGGAGUUGGAAUAAUUUUUGUCCACUCAGAAGGACUUUUUUUUUUUACUGAGGAGUACAAUUUGGACAGAGGGAGAACUCCGGUCACAAGCCUUUCAACUUUAUACAGUAUGUUUGAGCCAGAAUAUGACUGAUAGUCCAGAAGCACUGAUGGAGGCUAGCAGUGGAUGCAGGGCUGAAAACAAGUGACGACAAGAAUAAUGGUGUUGUUGUACAAAUCAGUUUAUGUACGUUUCUGAUGUUUUUCAGAAUUAGAUUGACUUCCAGGCAUUUUCAGCUCUCGUAAACGGCGUUUUUAGCUGCUUGUGCCUGAGUUAUGUGGCACGUCACUACAACUGAUGUACUGACGACAUAGAAAUCUAGUGCUUUACACUUUAAACCAAGUCCAACAAGAGGAGAGGAUCUAUUUUUGUGACCUGCGCAUAUCUGCGUUUUAAUGUGCGCUCGCUUAUAUGCAACAACACACUUUGCUCUUUUUGCGUGAACAAAUAAACGUACCUUUGAUCAUGUUUAAUUUGUGGUCAAGGAGGAGCAGCUGGUUCCACUGGACCCAUCGUAGGUCUGACCCCUUGGCGAUUAUUCUUGGCAGUCAUGGCAGAUGAUGCCGCAAUUUUGCAAAUCUUGGCAUUAUCGGUC